UUCUCCUACCCCCAAUCUACGCCAGUGCGCCACAUGCACCGAGCUCUCUCCCUCGUGUACCCGCAAGCUACGGGGUUCUAUCACGGGCUGAUAGAGUGGCUGCCUCAAUUUCUCCUGCUCGCUCCGCUGCUGCAGAAGCUGCCAAACAUUGCAGUGCUUGGUACACCUGAACAGUGGGCAUUCUACGACCGAGUCCUCAAGCCACUGGUGGGGGUGGAGCUAGCACAGAUUAAUCGAGUAGAGGUCCAACCCAACGAGCUCAUCCUAGUCGACCAACUGUUCAUGCCUCUCUACCAGUGUUGCGGCAAGCCUUCCCCAGCCAUCUGGCAAGACAUGAGGCUGCGAGCCCUGCUCCCUCAACAGGGCAUCCCCUUUUUCCACAAGCAUGGCUGGCAACCCCGAGGGAUCCAGCCAAUCACGGAGAAGCAGGCGGCAGCUGUGCUGCGCUCUGAUUGGCUCGUCGUUGUCGCGCGCCGCCCGGGCAGCCGAAGAGUCUUGGACAAGUUUGAGGAGCUUUUGGAGGAGGUGAAGAGAGUUUUCGGGCAGGAGAAGGUUCGGACCUUCAACGGUUCUCUGCCGAUUCUUGAAGCGCGGUCUCUCUUCCUGCAAGCACGUCUCUUCAUAGCCGGGCACGGGGCGGCGCUAGCAAACAUGGUCUUCAUGCCGCUCGGUGCUACAGUGCUGGAGAUUCGACCAGAUCGUUACGACAAUGCGUUCCCCUCCAGGCACUCCGAUUCCAAACCUCAUUCCCGGCCCCUUAAUCGCCGUCCGUCCCUCACGAUCCCUUCCUCGGACGACUCAUUUCCGCCAAGACCAUCAGCCGGAGGACGCGCAGGAGGAGGAUACGGCGCAGGAUACGGCGGAGGAUACGGCGGCGCCAGUCUAGGCGAAAAUGGUUACCCAGGCAACAACGACGACAAUGUUCGCCAGGACGCGAAUCUGCCCAACCCCGUGGACUUUUCGUACAAGGAGCUCGAAACGGCUACAGAUGGGUUCAGUGCGGUGAACUUGCUGGGCGAGGGCGGGUACGGGAAGGUGUACCGCGGGGUGAUUCGCGAGGAGGCGCCAGAUGGCAGCACGGUGGAGCGCCACGUGGCAGUGAAGCAGCUGAAUGACGAGGGCCGGCAGGGAUUCAACGAAUGGCUGACGGAGGUGGUGUUUCUGCGUCGCCUGCGCCACCCCCAUCUGGUGCAGUUCGUGGGGUACUGCACGGAGCAACAGCAGGCGCUGCUCGUGUACGAGCUCAUGGCCAAUGCGUCGCUGGAUUACCACCUCUUUGACGACACCCGCCCUCCUCUCACGUGGCAGCAGCGGGUCAACGUGGCUCUGGGUGCCGCCAAGGGGCUGGCAUACCUGCAUGAGGGCACGGAGCGGCAGGUGAUCUUCAGAGACCUCAAGGCGGCGAAUAUUUUGCUGGAUGAGAACUUCAAUGCGAAGCUGUCAGACUUUGGAUUGGCUAAGGACGGGCCGGCAGGGGAGAACACGCACGUGUCGACGAUGGUGGUCGGUACCUAUGGGUACACCGCUCCUGAGUACUUGCAGACUGGCCACCUGACAGCAAAGAGCGAUGUGUAUGCGUUCGGCGUCGUGCUUCUAGAGCUGCUGUCCGGGCGAAGAGCCGUGGACAUAGACCGACCGGGCGACGAGAAGAACCUCGUCUUUUGGGCCAAACCAUUCCUGGCGGACAGGAAGCGGAUCGGUGAGAUCGUGGAUCCGAGGCUGGAAGGGCGGUUCUCACACAAGGGAGCUCUCAAGCUCGCUGUUGCUGCGCACUGCUGCCUGCAGGACGCGAAAUCUCGGCCGUCGAUGGCCGACAUGUCGGUGGGAGCGAUGGUGGUUCUUCCGGUGCUGCUGCAGCUGCUGCUGAUGGUGGCCUAA